GGUGUCAUCAUUCUCUGACCAACAUUGUCCAGAAGACCGACUGACAAUAUGAAGAUAAUCGUAUUGGUGUGUUUGUUGUCCUUUGUGGCUGGUGAAUUGGAAUUUGUCCACCCCAAUGCUCACUUGAUCGAGGAAGCACAUGCUGCCUUGCUGUCAGGAAAGAGUUCUAGGAUAAUCAAUGGCGAUGACGUCCAAAUUGACAACUACCCCUGGCAAGCUUCUCUCCAGUUUGGCUCUAGCCACAUAUGUGGCGCUGCCGUCGUGUCGUCUAAAGUAGCUAUCACUGCUGCACAUUGCCUCAACCCUAAUGCACAACCUAACGCAUAUAAUAUCCGAGUUGGAUCGACCCUCUAUUCUGGCAGCCAAGGGACUGUCAUUCCAGUAGACAAUUUUAUAAUACAUGAAGCUUACGAUGGGAACACUGGCGGAUUUCCCAACGAUAUAGCAAUCCUCCUGUUUAGCGAAGACAUAACAGGCACAAACAAGGCUACAGCUGUUCCCAUACCCACCGACGACAGCACAUUCGCUGGUAGCAAGUGUCAAAUCACCGGAUGGGGCAUUACAGAAAGCGGUGGUAUAUCAGAUGUCUUGCAGAAGGCAGACACAACCGUUUUGACUAGGUCUGUUUGCAGAUCGAAAUGGGGCAAUUCAAUACUUAGUUCCCAUGUGUGUGUAUUCAACGAAGAUAAUGGUGCAUGCAAUGGUGACAGCGGCGGUCCUCUGACAUGUUCCGGGACACUUGUUGGCGUGACAUCUUGGGGCAUAAACGGAUGUGACACUGGGUAUUACCCCAGUGUGUACACACGGAUAAGCAGCUACAGAGAAUUGGAUUAAUGAGUACAUACAGUAAAUGACCCAAGCAACCAGCGAAUCGACUUCGGUGUCAGAUCUCAGCGGUUGUGAAUAAAUAUUGAUAAACUUGACAA